GUAUAUAUAAAUAUUAUGUAAAUAUAAAAGUGUGCAUACAUAAAUCGGAUACAAAAUUUUGUGUAUUAUAAUUAACUUUUCAACGUACCUGGUUCUUUCUUCGUUUAUUUUUAUUUCUCCUUUUUUUUGUUGUGUUCUUUUUUUUUUCUUCUUGUUGUUAACCUUUAUCGAUAAAGAAGAGAAGAAGAUAUGCCGUUUCCGGACAACGACAUUUCAAUCAACGGGCUUAGUAAAAACUACGAAAUAAUUCAACGAUCUAAGGGUGAUGAAUUUCUUUCCCCAUCCACGGUCAAACACAAUCGUCAGUCCACGUACACGUUCGAAACUUUGCAGGAAUCUGCACAGUUUUUACUCAACCGUGUUAAAACACGUCCAAAAAUAGGAAUAAUAUGUGGUUCUGGUAUGGGAUCAUGUGAGCAAAACGAGUUAUGUCCAGGUUCGAUUGCUGAUUCCAUAGUUGACAAAUACUGCUUUCCCUACGAAGAAAUACCACAUUUUCCUGUAUCAACAGUAGAAGGACACACGGGACAGAUGGUAUUUGGUUAUAUCGAGGGUGUUCCGGUUAUGUGUAUGCAAGGAAGAUUUCAUUAUUACGAGGGUUAUCCACUUUGGAAGUGUUCAAUGCCUGUCAGGGUGAUGAAGCUAAUAGGAGUUACUCACCUUAUUGCUACAAAUGCUGCUGGAGGACUAAAUCCAACUUAUCAGGUCGGUGACAUUAUGAUAAUGAAGGAUCAUGUGAAUCUGAUGGGUUUCGCUGGUAACAAUCCUCUUCAAGGACCCAAUGACGAUCGAUUCGGUCCUAGGUUUCCAUUAAUGAACAAAGCUUACAAUACUGAAUUAAUUAAAAUAGGAGAAGAAGUGGCAUCAGAGAUGGGUAUCAAUGAUAUAGUACAUAAAGGUGUGUAUACCUGUUUAGGUGGGCCUAAUUUUGAAACGGUUGCCGAACUGAAGAUGCUUCAAAUAUUUGGCGUCGACGCCGUUGGUAUGUCUACGGUACACGAGGUGAUAAUAGCAAGGCAUUGCGAUUUGACAGUCUUUGCCUUUAGCCUAAUCACAAAUCUAUGUUCGACCGAUUAUGAUGAUCACAAUGAGAUCAAUCAUGAGCAAGUGAUGGACGUUGGAAAGACGAGGCAACCGAUACUUCACGAAUUCAUUUCAAAGAUUGUUAAAUUUUAUAAUAAUAGUCAUGAAAAUCAACAGAACAAAUAACAAUAGACGGUCUGUGCACAGUCGUUAUUGCACUGUGGCGUGGAUAAAUCUUAAAGGCCUUUUAUGAGAAUAAAAUAUAGAAAAUCAAAAUAAUAUAAGAAAAGAAAAAUAAAAAAAUAAAUAAGUCGUUUGUUUUCUGUUUUCGGUUAUUUCUUUUGAUUUAAUAUUUAUAAAGAAUGAAUGUUUAGUUGCAAAGCACAGAAAUAUAGUAAUACAUGUAAUACAAAAGGAAUUGGAUAUAUAUAUAUAUAUAUAUAUAAUAAUUCUCCAUUUUUUGUCAUUAUAUAAUUUAUGGAUAUCCAUUUCGACAAAGUCUAUAAUUUUAGUACAAACAUUAAAAAAAAAAAAUAAAAAAAAAAUUAAAAGAAGAAGUAGAAAAAACCAAUUUGUUUCGAACAGAUCUUCAUAUUUGUUUAUAUAGUAAUUAUAAGUUUUAAUGUGUUAAAUAUCGUAAUAUUUUUAAUUUAUGCUAUACACCGUAAGUGGCGACAGGAAUUUAAAGGAUCGAUUUCUAAAACAUAAUUAAUAUAUCAUGAACUAUUGAAGAAUUAUAUAAUAAAUUAAUUUGACUGUUAAUUAAUUUCAAAUUGUAUAUUAUAUUUAGUAGUACAAAAUUAAAA